GGCCCGCGGGUCGCUCACCCUGGGGCUCUUUGGUUUUCUCUUCCCCGCCCCCCAGGCUUCUCACGGCACUCAGCAGCAGCCUUGCUGUAACCGACCAAGACACCUUCGAAUCCCGCACCUUACUCGAUUCCAGCGUAGCCUUACGACAUGGCCGAGAUGAGCUUCCUGCACAGCGAGGUGUUGGCGGGGGACUUGAUGUCCCCCUUCAACCAGUCGGGUUUGGGGGCUGAAGAGAGCCUGGGUCUCUUAGACGACUACCUGGAGGUGGCCAAGCACUUCAGACCACAUGGGUUCACCAGGGACAAAGUUAAGGCAGGCUCCUCGGAAUGGCUGGCAGUGGAUGGCUGGGUGGAUGCCUCCGACUACGGCAAGGAGGAUGCCUUCUCCGGGACAGACUGGAUGGUGGAGAAGAUGGACCUGAAAGAGUUUGACUUCGAUGCCCUGCUGAAUCUGGGUGACCUGGAAACCAUGCCCGAAGAGCUUCUGGCCACGUUGGAUGACACCUGUGAUCUCUUUGAUCCCCUGGUCCAGGAGACUAAUGCUAAGGAGCCCCCCCAAGCAAUGAACCCAGUUGGCCAUCUCCCAGAAAGUUCGCCCCACACCGACCAGGUUGCCCCAUUCACCCUCUUUCAGUCUCUUCCAGAGUCCCCAGGGGCCCUGACUUCCAUUCCAGAUCAUUCUUUUAGUUUGGAGCUAGGCAGCGAAGUGGACAUCUCUGAGGGGGACAGGAAGGCUGACCCUCCCUCGUUGGGCGCAGUAGCCCCUCCAUGCAUCAAGGAGGAGGAUGCCCCCUCAGAUAAUGACAGUGGCAUCUGCAUGAGUCCAGAGCCCUACCUGGCGUCUCCCCAGCACAGCCCCCCCACCUCUGGAGACUCCCCAAGUAGACUGCUGCCUCCACCUGCCUUUGGUGGCUCUGCUCGCUCUAAGCCUUAUGACCCUCCUGGAGAGAAGGUAGUAGCAGCAAAGGUCAAGGGAGAGAAAUUGGAUAAGAAGCUGAAAAAGAUGGAGCAGAACAAAACCGCAGCCACCAAGUACCGCCAGAAGAAGCGGGCCGAGCAGGAGGCCCUGGCUGGUGAGUGCAGGGAGCUGGAGAAGAAGAAUGAGGCGCUGAAGGAGAGGGCUGACUCCCUGGCCAAGGAGAUCCAGUAUCUGAAAGACCUGAUUGAGGAGGUCCGAAGGGCCCGGGGAAAGAAGACCACCCCCUAGGCAGGGUAGUCCGGGGCUUGGGAUUGUACAUAGGUCUGUCCGGAGCAGAGUUGUAAUAAAUUAUUUUGUGGUCGCAA